AUCCCAAUUCUAAAGCUAAUUGUUUUGGAUGAGUCCUAGUUAGUGGAGUUUAUGUGUCUUACUAUUGUGGUUGCUGAUAGCCACGUUUCCUUGUUUUUAGGUUUUGGUUUGUAAUGGAUAGAGAAUAGGAGUUUUUGGUUUGUCCGCCUAUUAUAAAUAGGCAGUUGUUAUUCAGUUUAAUGUGUGUAAUCAUCUUUAUUUAUUUCCAACAAUAGAAGUGCCUUUUUCUUCCUUUGUUUUGUUGUUUUUGCUUUUAUCUCUUUUAUUACUUCAAUUGGUAUCAGAGCCUUACACAAUGAAUGGCUUGAAUUAGAUUUAAAUUCCUAUAUUGGAUGGGAAGAAUUACAACAGGUGGAAUGUCCAAAUGAGGGUGCUUUUCGAUUACCAUGAGUUGCUAGGUGUGGUGGAGAUUGGAGUUGCUGAACUUGCAGAAAAUGCAAAUGAUGCCCAAAAGCAUGCCCAUCGUGAGAGCAAGAAAAAGGAUAAGAAGGCAUUAUAUUUCAUCCAUCAAGGGGUGAAUGAUGAAGUGUUUGAGAAGAUUGAAGAUGCAACUACGUCAAAGCAAGCAUGGGAUAUCCUAAUGACAACAUUCAAAGGUGUAGAGCAGGUUACGAAGCACAUUGCGGCAGCAAUAGAAGAAGCCCAUGAUUUGUCCCAAAUGACUGUUGAAGAGUUGUCAGGCUCAUUAGAAGCACAUGAGCAGAGAAUGAAUGAGAAACGGACAGAGAAGUCGAUUGAGCAAGCCUUCCAAAGCCAAGUUUCCAUCAAAGGUGAUCAAGGUGGUGAAACAAGUCAAAAGCAUGGUGAUGAUGACCAAGAAAAAUCAAACUUUGGCCAUCGACAGAAUACAAGAGGUCGUGGUUGUGGAUGUGGUAGAGGAAGAUAUAAGGAGAAUGAUCAAAAGGCUCAUUAUGUACAAGAGGAAGAUGACAGUGAAGAUCAUGCUCUUUUGAUGGUUACAUCAACAAAUGAGGCAUCAAACUAUCACACAUGGUUUCUUGACACUGGAUAUGAAAGUACUGUACUAAUGAUGGGAAAAGGGAGAAUUCUCAUCAAGCUGAAGAAUGGAGAUCAUAAUUAUAUUUUAGACAUGUUCUAUGUGUCGGAUAUGAAGAGUAAUCUGCUUAGCUUGGGUCAAUUGCUGGAAAAAGAGAAUAUGGUGAAGGGCUUGCCUAGCAUAAAUCAUCCAGAGCAAUUGUGUGAGGCUUGUACUCUUGGAAAACACAGCAGGUUAGCAUUUGUGGUUGGAAAGAAUUGGAGAGCAAGAAAGCCAUUGGAACUUGUUCAUUCUGAUGUCUGUGACCCAAUGAGUGUUACAUCAACUAGUAAUAAUAGGUCCCCAACAAGGAGUCUUCAAAAUAUUACUCUUGUAGAAGCAUGGAGUGGUUUCAAGCCAAGUGUGAAGCAUCUUAAGAAGAUGAAGCUUGGAGAUUUAGAACCUAUAUUUUUUGAAGAGGCCGUUCAAGAUCCUAAGUGGGUGAAUGCCAUGCUUGAGGAGAUGAAGGCAAUUGAGAAGAACAACACAUGGGAGCUUGCUAACUUACCACAGGGUCAAAAAGCAAUUGAUGUCAAAUGGGUCUUCAAGACAAAGAUGAAGUCCAAUGGAGAGAUUAAAAGGCAUAGAGCAAGAUUGGUGGCAAGAGGGUUUGAACAACGUCCUGGCCAUGAUUAUAAGGAGUCAACAUUCUUCAAUGGUCCUCUUGAAGAGGAAGUUUUUGUCAAGCAACCACCAGGAUUCAUGAAAGAAGGAAGUGAAGAUAAAGUGUACAGAUUGAAGAAAGCACUUUACGAUUUGAAGCAAGCACCACAAGCAUGGAACAAGCGCAUUGAUUCAUUCUUUGUCAAGGUUGGAUUCAAGAAAUGCAACAACACCAAAAUGAUUGAAGACUUCAAGAGGUUUAUGAUGCAUGAAUUCAAGAUGAUAGAUCUUGGUGUAAUGUCUUACUUUCUUGCAAGAACUCUUGUGGAGGUUGGAACUAAGUUGUUCAAGGAGGGUGAAGAAGCACGUGUUAAUCCCACUUUCUUCAAGCAACUUGUUGGGAGUUUGAGUGAUUGGGGUGGAGACUUAGAUGAUCAUAAAAGCACUAUUGGUUAUUGCUUUAAUUUCGGUAGUACAGCUUGUUCAUGGUCAUCAAAAAAGCAGUCAAUCGCUACAUUUUCAACCUGUGAAGCAGAGUAUGUGGCGGCUGCCUCAAGUGCAUGUCAAGCAAUAUGGUUGCAAAGCUUGAAGAAUCAAGUUCUUGAAGGGUAUGAUGGGGAUAUCUACUCUAUCGAAUUAGGAUUAAGGUGGGGAUGUUGGAGUUAAUCCCGAUUCUGAAGCUAAUUGUUUUGAAUGAGUCCUAGCUAGUGGAGUUUAUGUGUCCCACUAUUGUGGUUGCUGAUAGCCACGUUUCCUUGUUUUUAGGUUUCAGUUUGUAGUGGCUAGAGAAUAGGAGUUUUU